AUGCGUGCAAGUUCCAUUGAUAUUCAUCCCAAUGCAACAUGGUCAAAGAAUGGUAUCACUGUUGCUGGAGGAAAUGGAUGGGGCAGAAAAACCAAUCAAUUCUGUUACCCAUUGGGUUUGUACAUCGACGAUGAUUUAACCAUUUAUGUCGCUGAUCACUGGAAUCAUCGUAUUGUGGAAUGGAAAUCUGGUGCAACGAAUGGCAUAGUAGUUGCUGGUGGAAAUGGAAUUGGAAAUGGAGCUCAUCAAUUAAGCCGACCAAUAGAUGUGAUUAUCGACAAAGAGAGCGAUAGUCUCAUCGUCUCCGAUUAUAGAAAUAAUAGAGUAGUUCGCUGGCCUCGUCGAAAUGGUACUCGUGGAGAAACAAUGAUUUCAAAUAUCUCUUGCAUGGGUUUGACAAUGGACGACAAUGGUUAUCUCUAUGUCGUUGACAAUGAAAAACAUGAAGUGAGACGAUAUAAAAUUGGUGACACUCAAGGAACAGUAGUUGCAGGUGGUAAUGGAAAAGGAAAUCGUCUCGAUCAACUCCCUAAUCCCCACUAUGUAUUUGUCGAUCAAGAACAUUCAGUUUAUGUGUCUGAUUAUGACAAUCAUCGUGUAAUGAAAUGGGAAGGUGUAACACAAGGCAUUGUCGUAGCUGGUGAUCAAGGAAAAGGAAAUAGUCUUACACAAUUGUAUCGGCCUAAUGGAGUCGUUGUCGAUCAAUUGGGUACUGUCUAUGUGGCUGAUAGUGGCAAUCAUCGAAUCAUGCGUUGGCCAAAAGGAGCAACACAAGGAACUGUCAUUGUUGGUGGAAACGGUCAAGGAGCACAGUCGAAUCAACUCAAUCAUCCCAUAGGUUUAUCAUUCGAUCGACAUGGCAAUCUCUAUGUCCUCGAACUGUAUAAUCAUCGAGUACAAAAAUUUAAUAUCGAAUGA